UAUUGUAAGGCAUUAUGAGUUAACAUGUACAAUACAAUCUGCCGGAUGCUACUAAAAUUGCGUCCCUCUGAAUAUAUAUUUCGUUGAUCCCUCUAACGUUUGUCCCACUGGGUAACCCAGGCGCUGGGAGUUUCCUAUGAUGCUUGUCUGGAUUUUUCUGAUUGUAGCAGCCGCGGUCUCCUUCGUCUACCAAGCUUACAAUGCGUUGAGCGAAAAGGUGAAGUCAUCUCUCGGGAAAGGGGACGCACUUAGUUGCGACUCAGUCACACUAGCAAAUAGAUGGCCCCUGGGUAUCGACUUGUUAGUAAGGACGCUGAUUGCGUCUGAUGAACUCUGCGUGAUGGAGUUCUUCCUAGACAAUUUCCGUAAAUUUGGGAAUACCUUCCGACAGAUUAUCGGAUGGAAUGAGUCUCUCAUGACCGUUGACUCGGCGGUCAUCGAGGCUAUACUUCUGUCUAAUGCCAAAGAUUGGGGUUUGGGUUUUCGACGCACCAUAUUCUCUCCGCUGCUUGGAGAUGGUAUCUUUGUUCAGGAAGGCGAUGCAUGGAAACGUUCGCGGGAUAUUUUACGCCCACAUUUUUAUCACCGGAACUAUGAAAGUCUAGAUAUCCUCAGACCGCACAUAGAUAACUUAUUACAAGUAAUUACCAGCACGACGACAGAUAUCAUCGACUUGGAGCCCCUAUUCUUCCGCCUGGCGCUCGACGUAACUACCGAAUUCCUCUUCGGAGAGUCUGUAAGAAGCCAGCGCUUAGACUCCAGCGUGGGAAGUCAAGAAUUUGAAGAGGCAUUCAAUAUGGCCCAGGCCAUCUCAGCUAAGAGACUUCGGCUCCAGAAGCUGCAUUGGAUUGUUGGCGGCAAAGAACUUCAAAAGGCAUGCAACGUCAUUCAUCGGUUCGUAGACCGCGUGAUACACAAGGCUAUCAUAACUAGCGCCGACAAAGAGUAUUCAGGAAGACCUCCUUUCCUAAGGAAUAUCGCUCAGUAUUGCCCAGCGCGAGACACGCUAAGAGGCCAUACUAUCAGUAUUCUUACAGCAGGAAGGGAUACUACGGCUACUUUCCUAUCGUGGACCUUCUUUCAUCUUGUGAGGCAUCCAUCGAUUAUGGCGAAACUCCAAUUAGAGAUUUCUCAAGUGGACGAGACUGUUACCCCCUUAACACGAGCAGAUCUGCUUCGAUUCACUUACCUUCAAAACAUCAUAAAAGAAGUAUUAAGAUUACACCCUCCACUACCCCUGAUAUCUCGCACUGCACUCCGGGACACGAUACUCCCAGCUGGGGGAGGAUCUGACGGAAAGUCGCCUAUCCUCGUCCCAAAAGGGAUGAGUGUACUAUAUAGCGCCUACUGUAUCCAUAGACGACCCGAUCUCUACGGAAUGGACGCCGAACUGUUCCGCCCUGAAAGAUGGGAAGAGGAACCCCUCCGUUCUCGCGAUACGAUACAUCGCGGAUGGACGUUCCUACCUUUCGGCGGUGGUCCUAGGACUUGUCUAGGGAUGGAUUUCUCCUUAACCGGGGGCGCGUAUACUAUAGUGCGCAUCCUGCAGCGCUUCCCUUCCAUCAGACUCCCGGCCGGUGAGCGGAUACAAGUGUCGGGCAAGGAAAGACAGAUGGCAACGAUAUCUCUGAAGCCAGCUGACGGAUGUAAGGUGGACCUAGGCAAUGGGUGAAGAUUCCUUUGGAAUAUCGCGUUGUGUGUAAUCCGUACAUGGAAUUGUUAGUGAUGACACGUAGAAUUACUACUCACGAAAUCAUGACGAUCGAGUCUGCCCUCUCAAAAUAAUGACAUAAUGGUAGGCAUUAAAGAAAGAACUGUUGGGUAGUGAAUGACGUGACACUGAUACAAACAGAGGAAUGGAGUUAGCACAUCCUAUCUUGAUUCUUUUCCAUCCAAUCGCAUAUAGAAUUUCAAGCAUAUUUAACGCUAGUCGAUAGAUUUCAUGGGAGUUAAAGGGGCUAUUUAGGACGUAAGAAGAAACUUAGGUUUAAAUACUUCGGGAUGGCCGAUUUUCUAUUUUUCAUAUCCGCACCGGGUCAUUUCCUCCCCGCUAGGAAUUAGAAAUCCACAUAAACGAGAAUAUACCUAAAGAUAAAAGCGUUUUCUUUGGAUAAAUUGUCGAGAUGCCAUCCUGGAACCUUUCGUACUAAAGGUCUAAAACCUCUUAGCUACCGAGAUAGUUCUCUUAACUGCCGAGACAGGGUUUAGUGCUCUUGAGUCAUAGAACACCGCUCGAGGGCAAAGCACAUCUAUUUAUCUUGAUCCACCGGAGAAAAAUAGCCCAUUGCGGAUUUGAUAUCGGUGAUAUCGAAGAAAUGCAACGGGGUUGGCAUUUGUGCUGGUAAUUCUACGCUUUUCUAGAUUUGUUGGGGACGUUUUAUUUUUCUAUC